AGGAUAUGCUACUAACUAGUUCUUGUUCUAGGCGUCAUUCCCAACACAACUGUCCAGAGUCCAGACAUCCAUAAGAACAAACACUCGUACAAUCAUACACACACUCAACGUGAUCUCUGUGAUUUACACAAACAUGUCGAAGCAAUUUGGGAAAAGAUUUCAAGGGAAAGUAGCCAUAGUGACUGCUUCAACACAAGGCAUUGGGUUUGGCAUAGCAGAGCGUCUUGGUUUAGAAGGCGCCUCUGUUGUUAUAUCUUCUCGAAAACAGAGUAAUGUAGAUGAGGCGGUCGAGAAGUUGAAGGCUAAGGGGAUCGAAGUGUUGGGGUUGGUAUGCCAUGUUUCAAAUGCUCAACACAGAAAAAAUCUUGUUGACAAGACUGUGCAGAAAUAUGGCAAAAUAGAUGUGGUGGUGUCUAAUGCUGCUGCAAAUCCAUCUGUUGACCCCAUUCUGGAAACUAAAGAUUCAGUACUCGAUAAGCUAUGGGACAUCAAUGUGAAAACUGCCAUCCUUCUUUUAAAGGAUGCUUCUCCUCACUUGACAAAAGGUUCAUCUGUUAUUUUUAUUUCUUCCAUUAGUGCUUACAUUCCACACUCUUCCAUGGCUAUGUAUGCAGUGACAAAAACAGCACUCCUUGGGCUUACCAAGGCACUUGCCACUGAGAUGGCCCCAGAUACCCGUGUGAACUGUGUUGCCCCUGGCUUUGUACCGACACACUUUGCCGACUUCAUCACAAGUAACGAUGACGUUAGGAAGACCGUUGAGGAUAACACAUUACUCAAGAGGCUCGGAACUACUGCCGACAUGGCUGCUGCCACUGCCUUUUUGGCAUCAGAUGAUGCUUCUUAUAUCACUGGGGAAACACUGGUUGUUGCUGGUGGAAUGCCUUCUCGGCUCUAGUCAAACGAAAAUUUUCUUCAUAUUCUAUGUACUUCGUCCUGUGAUUCUUCUUUGAGGAUACAAACACUCUCCCUGUUUCAUGGGCCUAAUAAUUAUCCAGAGACUUGUAGAUAGUAUAGCCAUAUGUUUGUUGGAACAACAAUGACAAUGACAAUCAUCAUCUUCUACCCGAGCUUUUCCUUUUGUA